AUGCCCAGAAAGAAAGCUGCCGCUGCUGACGCGUCGACGAAGCCUGUGUCGACGAGGACGACGCGCUCGAAGACAGCUGCUGCUCGAGCCCCUACACCUGCGCCCCCUGCGCCCGCGCUCGCACCCGCACCCGCUGCGGCCCCUCUAUCGAAAAGGAAGGGAAAGGCCAAACGGGCACGCCCCGACUCUGAUAACGAAGAUGCCGACGACGAUGUUCCCGACACCAAAAAGGCCAAGAUCGACGAUGCGGCUGCAUCCCAGGAGGACGACAAGCCCGAGCCACCGAAGAAGAUGGUUACCGUGAUCAAGAGAGGUGCCGCGCCCGUCGACCCCGUCUCCGGUAUGGUUGCUACCCACGAGGUGUUCGCCAAUGAAGAGGCCAUCUGGGACGCGGCGCUCAACCAGACCGACGUCGGAAAGAACGCGAACAAGUUCUACUUCAUCCAGCUCCUGCAUCCCAUCGGGGAUCGGAGCACUUGCACGCUCUUCACGCGCUGGGGGCGCGUGGGCGAGAAUGGGCAGAUGCAGAAGAAGGGCCCCUUUGCCGCCUCCUUCGCUGUGGGCGAAUUCAAGAAGCAGUUCAAGGCCAAGGCCGGCGUGGAUUGGGAACAGCGCCAGGGCAUGGUUGCGAAGAAAGGGAAAUACCAAUGGCUCGAACGUUCGUUCGAGGACGACGAAGACGAUAAUGACAACAACGGUUCCGGCGAAGGCUCCUCUUCUCAGAAGGAGAAGGAGGAGCCGGAGAAAAUUCCCGACUCUAUCUUGGCUGCAGAGAUUCAGGCCCUCUGCAGACUCAUAUUCUCUGCAUCGCUCAUUCAAGCCACCUUGUCCUCCAUGAAUUACGACGCGAACAAGCUCCCGCUGGGAAAACUCGCAAAGGGAACCAUCCUGAGCGGUUUCGCGGCGCUGAAGACCCUGUCCGAGGUCAUCUCUCAGCCUGACGGAGACACCGCGAAAAGCUUGGGCGGCUUUCGCGACGCGGUAGACACGCUAACUGGGCGAUACUAUUCCGUUAUCCCCCACGUGUUCGGGAGGAACAGACCUACCAUCAUUAGCGAUAUGACGAUGCUGAAGAAGGAACUCGAGCUUGUCGAUGCGCUCGGCGACAUGGAAGUUGCAUCGAAGCUCAUCGCUUCGACGGUGCACAAAGACGCGAGCGGGAAGCCCGUUAAUCCCAUCGACGCGCACUUCCGCUCUCUCAGCCUGUCCAGCAUGGACCCGGUCGCGCGGAGCAGCAAGGAGUUCACCGCGCUCGAGGCGUAUGCGCGCGAUACGCACGGCUCAACGCACCACUAUCGCGUUGACCUCUUGAAUGUGUUUCGCGUCGAAAGGCAGAGCGAGACUGAUGCGUGGAUGAAUUCGGGCUUUGACAAGCUUCAGGACGGGGAGCGCCUCUUGCUCUGGCAUGGCUCGCGUUCGACCAACUUUGCAGGUAUUCUCAAGCAGGGGUUACGUAUUGCUCCACCGGAAGCUCCUGCCACUGGAUAUAUGUUCGGGAAAGGUGUUUAUUUCGCCGAUAUGAUGUCCAAAUCUGCAAACUACUGCCAUGCUCAUAUGAGCGACAACACGGGCCUGCUGCUCCUCUGCGAAGUCGCCGCACAGCCCUUCUUUGAGCAGCACAACGCCAACUACGACGCAGACCAGGGCUGCAAGGCCGCCAGUGCUCUAUGCACGAAGGGGCUCGGACGCACGCAGCCGGCAGAAUGGCAGGACGCUGGCAACACCCUGGAGAACGACGCGCUGAAAGGGUGUCAUAUGCCCAAGGGGCCGGGUAAGGACGUCAACGACCCAGGGGUUUACCUGCAGUACAACGAGUAUAUCGUGUACGACGCUUCGCAGAUACGUGUGCGGUAUCUGUUAAUGGUGAAGAUGGGUUGA